GGUACAGCCUACAGCAAGGAAGAUGGCACUGAUACCAGUGCCACCCUCGGGAGCUCUUCAGAUCAGUUUGAGGAGGACGAAAACCCAGAGAGAGGAAAUUGGACUGGGAAGCUGGACUUCAUUCUGUCCUGCAUUGGCUUUGCUGUAGGUCUGGGAAAUGUGUGGAGAUUCCCAUACCUGUGCUAUAGAAAUGGAGGAGGAGCUUUCCUUAUCCCUUAUGUAAUAAUGUUAGCUUUGGCAGGACUGCCACUCUUCUUUAUGGAACUGGCUUUUGGACAGUAUGCCUCCUUAGGCCCACUUACCAUCUGGAAGAUUAGUCCUAUUUUCAAAGGCCUUGGUUAUGCCAUGGUGAUCAUCUCUGGAUUGGUAUGUAUUUACUACAAUNUUAUCAGGUAUUGUACUGUUUGGGGUGAUGCAGCUGUACAGAUAUUCUAUUCCUUGGGUCCUGCCUGGGGAGGACUUAUUACAAUGGCCAGUUACAACAAAUUUCGCAACAACUGUUACAGAGAUGCCAUCAUAGUGGCUAUCACCAACUGUGGGACAAGUGUUUUUGCUGGCUUUGUAAUCUUCUCUGUGGUUGGAUUCAUGGCAUCCAAGACGGGACAACCCGUAGAUCAAGUGGUUGCCAGUGGUCCAGGCCUGGCCUUUGUUGCCUACCCAGAGGGUCUGGCUAGGAUGCCAGGGGCACCAUUCUGGUCCAUUUGUUUCUUUUUUAUGCUGCUCACUUUGGGAUUGGACAGUCAGUUUGUAAUGCUGGAGACAGUUACCAGUUCCUUCAUUGAUGAAUUUCCUGAUCUUCUGCGUCCAGUGAAGAUGUGGUUCACUUUAGGACUAUGUGUAAUAAUGUAUUUAUUGGGACUUCCUUGUAUUACUAAUGGUGGUAUGUACAUCUUCCAGCUGAUAGACUGGUAUGCAGGUGGGAUAUCUCUGAUGAUAGUGGGCCUGUUUGAAUGUAUCUGUAUUUGUUGGAUAUAUGGUAUCAGAAGAUUCUCUGAUGACAUUUAUGCCAUGAUUGGAUUGAGGCCCAAUUAUUACUGGUUAGUGUGUUGGAUGGCAGUAACUCCAGCUGUAAUUCUGGGUAUCAUAAUAUUCUCCUCUGUGAACUACACCCCCGUGAAGUACAAUGACUAUGUGUACCCCCCCUGGGCUGAGGCUAUGGGUUGGAUGAUGUCAAUAUGUUCUAUAAUCAUGUUGCCUAUAGGAGCCAUUGUUCAACUCUUCAGAUAUAACAGAUGGUACCAGACCUCCUCCUUCUGGGAUCUUCUUCGCAUAACUAGCAUUCCAACAGAGGACUGGGGCCCUGCUUCCCUCAGAAAUCAAAAGAACCCCACCACCACAGACAUUACAAAACAAACAGACAUGGGUAACAGUACCCAAUCCAUCUCUUCAAAAGCCAGCACCAUGUAUGAGAGUCACAUGGGUGGUAUGUACAUCUUCCAGCUGAUAGACUGGUAUGCAGGUGGGAUAUCUCUGAUGAUAGUGGGCCUGUUUGAAUGUAUCUGCAUUUGUUGGAUAUAUGGUAUCAGAAGAUUCUCUGAUGACAUUUAUGCCAUGAUUGGAUUGAGGCCCAAUUAUUACUGGUUAGUGUGUUGGAUGGCAGUAACUCCAGCUGUAAUUCUGGGUAUCAUAAUAUUCUCCUCUGUGAACUACACCCCCGUGAAGUACAAUGACUAUGUGUACCCUCCCUGGGCUGAGGCUAUGGGUUGGAUGAUGUCAAUAUGUUCUAUAAUCAUGUUGCCUAUAGGGGCCAUUGUUCAACUCUUCAGAUAUAACAGAUGGUACCAGACCUCCUCCUUCUGGGAGCUUCUUGGCAUAACCAGCAUUCCAACAGAGGACUGGGGCCCUGCUUCCCUCAGAAAUCAAAAGAACCCCACCACCUCAGACAUUACAAAACAAACAGACAUGGGUAACAGUACCCAAUCCAUCUCUUCAAAAGCCAGCACCAUGUAUGAGAGUCACAUGUGAAGUAUAAGCUGACAUCCAAUUUUAACAAUGUCUUUUUUUCGGAUGGUAUGGAUAUUGACUCAUUUGAGAUAGUGGUGCAUGCGUUUAAUGUACUUUGUCUGAAUAAUCUCAACAUGACUACAUAUGCACUUGUUAUGCAACAUUGUCUUUGAGAAAUUGGCAACAAAGCAUUACAUUAAAUAUUUAUCAGCAUAUUAGGAAGUUUUUAACUUAGUAUUUAUUCUUACAUAACAUGCUUUGGUUUGUUUUGCUAUAUUAUGUGAGGACUGGUAAGCACACAUUUUGUCCUUUUGUAAAGUUGGGCAGUGACAACCAUUUUAGACGGAACAUUUUACUCAGAUAAUGUAAUUGAAUCAAAGAUACAUUAUAUUGUGGUUGUGCAGACAUUGCUGUACCCAAGAAGUAAAAGACUUUCUGGGCAAGGUGCAUAUUUCAUUUUUCUUGGUGGGUAGAUCAAGUCAAAGUUUCAAAUUUCGUUUUUAAAGUCUCACAAGUAGCAAAGAAUAGGCCAGCAGUAUGGUGCAUAAUUAUAGACAAUGUAUUUUAAAAAGAGUAUAAAGAAACAUAUCUAAUGCAAUUGAUACUUUUGUGAUAUUCAGAAUUUUAUUUAAAAAUUCAUUAAAAGCAACUACAGUGAAUAAUUUUAGAUCUUUUGUAUCUGGGUUUGUUGACUCAGGCAAAUGUUUAGGUUAAAUUAUCUCUCUUUACUGAAUCUCUGUGUAUUUUGCUUCUAACUGCAUAAUUAUGAAAUGUGUAUAUAUUGAAAAAUCUUCAAAAAUCAUGAAAUGGGUUAUAAUUAUAUUUUAAACAUUACUGUUACUCAAGUGUAAGCAAUAUUUAAAGAAACGGGUAACUUUUAUAUUACAUCUUGCAAAUUAAUGUCCAGACUUGCCUUUUUACAUCAAUAAUGUCAAAAGAUUUUAAUAGUAAAUAAAAAUCAAGUGAUGAGUA